AUGUCUGUCUUUAUAUUAGCAGUGCUUGUCUUUUUAGUAUUGUAUGUUGUUCACUUUUACUGGAAAGUUAGUAAAUACCCAAAAGGACCAUUUCCACUCCCAUUAAUUGGAAAUAUUCAUCAGUUCCCACCUGAUCAUGUCCAACUCUAUUUUGACGAAAUGUCAAAAAUCUACGGACCAUGUUUCACAGUUUGGAUACCAUACCCUGCAAUUGUUCUCAAUGACUAUGAACAUGUGAAAGAAGCAUUUGUUACUCAAGGCGACACCUUCACUUAUCGUGCUCAUCGCUCUCCUGAAACCCUACUUCCUGUACACGACCACACUGGAAUCCUGGCAUCUGAUGGAGAUCAUUGGAGACUUCAACGCAGAACAUCUCUCAAAAUUCUCAGAGACUUCGGACUCGGGAGAAAUUUGAUGGAAGAACAGGUGGUACGAUCGGUUCAGGAAAUGAUGGUUCAAAUUGAAAACAUCACUGAUAAGAAUAAAGUAGACAUGUUCUGGCCGAUUCAACUUUGCGUUGGAAAUGUGAUCAAUGAAACAUUGUUCGGUUUUCAUUACAAAUAUGAAGACUCUGAAAAGUUCAAGACAUUUGUGAGAAUUGUGGAUAAACAUUUGAGACAUCUUCAAGGAACGAUGCCUCUUCUUGUUUCUGCUUUUCCCUGGCUUCGACAUUUGCCAAUUAUAGGAGACAUUGGAUAUCAUAACAUUAAAAAUAACAUUUCCUCGUAUCAAACUUUCAUUGAAGAAGAGGUCACAACCCAAGUCAAACAAUAUGACGGUGUAAGCGAGCCGGAAAACUUUGUCCAUGCUUACAUGCAGCAAAUGAAACAAACAGGAAAUCCUGGAUUAGAUAUCAAAAACCUCUGCGCUUCUGUUCUCGACUUCUGGUUGGCUGGUAUGGAAACAACUUCUAAUUCUCUCCGAUGGCAUCUUGCCUAUAUGAUGAAGUACCCUGAAAUCCAAGACAAAGUCCGUAAAGAGAUCUUCGAAGUUGUUGGAACAUCUCGUUUGCCAUCAAUGUCUGAUAAACCUAAUAUGCCAUACACCCAAGCAGUUAUUCAUGAAGUUCAAAGAUGUUCAAACAUGCUUCCAUUUUUGGGGUCUCAUCAGUGUGUAGAAGAGACAUCAAUCAAAGGGAAGCAUGUGCCAGCUGGAACAUUAGUCUUCGCUCAAAUCUGGUCGGUGAUGAAAAAUGACCCGGUUUUCAAAGAUGCCAGUGAAUUCAAUCCGGAUAGAUAUUUGCAGUCUGACGGGAAAACAUUUGAUAAGGCGGUGCUAGAGAAAACAAUUCCAUUCAGUAUAGGAAAAAGGAACUGUGUUGGAGAAGGAUUGGCCCGUAUGGAGUUGUUCUUGAUUUUCAGCGCUUUGAUUCAGAAAUACGAGUUUGUCCCAACUUCCAAUAUUGAUCUGUCACCGGAUUGGGGAGUUGUGAUGACCUCAAAACCAUAUACUUGUCAGUUGUUACCACAGUAUUAA